AUGGCCACCCUCUGCCUCUUCCGCUUCUGCCUCGGCUUUGGUAUCGGCGGCGAUUACCUGCUCUCCGCCACCAUCAUGUCGGAGUACGCCAACAAGAAGACCCGUGGCGCCUUCGUCGCAGUCGUUUUCACUACGCAGGGCUUCGGCAUCCUCCCAGGCGGAAUCGUCUGCAUCAUCAUCUCCGCCGCCUUCAAGGAGCGCUUCGACUAUCCGGCCGACAGGGACGACCGCGCCGGCUCCACCGUCCCGGAAGCCGACUACAUCUGUUGCACGACUCUCAUGCUGGGCGCCCUCCCGGCUGCCUUAAUCUACUACUGGCGGAUGAAGAUGCCAGAGACCGCGCGAUACACUGCUCUUGUUGCCAAGAACGCGAAACGGGCGGCACCCGAAUGUCGAGGUAUUAUUCGACAGGCUCAAGCGUGCUCCCCACUUACCUCGGGAUCGAUCGGCCUCAUGCGCAGCAAGUAG